UCAAAGUAUGUUGGAGAUAUGACACCAGUCAUUAACAAUUAUGUGUUAGAAGCAAACAAAAGAAAUGGAUACAAAAUCAAAUAUAAUAAUGAAGAUAAAAAAACGACUAGAAAUUACAAAAAUCUGAUAUUAGCUUCAUCUUAUGGAAAUCAGAAAGAACGUUCAAUUGAUCUAGAUAGGGAUUCAAACAAAGACGCAGAUUUCAAUGAUUUCGAUGACAGUAAGGAUGACACAGCAGGAUCAGAUACAUACUUUCUAGUCAAUAGUAAGGUAAUUAAAAAAGUACUCGAAAAAGAAGAAGAAAAAAGUGACUUUGAAUUAAAAAAACCACCGGUAAAAGAUAAUGAGGAUAUAUCGACAAAUGAAAUUGAAGCUGUUAAAGAAAAAUUACAAAAUAUGAUUGUCAAAGCACAAGCCGAUGUAGACUACGACAAGAUGGAAGCUUUGAAAUUUUAUGCUUAUAUUUUAAACGAAGAAAAUGGCCAACGUAUGCCGAGUAAAAACUCAGACUCAGACUCAGAUGUAUCCCUACCAAGUGACACCUAUAGUUAAAUGGAUAAUUGGAGAAGACGGUGACAAUUCCUGCUAGAAGCUCUGUGUCCUACUAACAUUAUAAAUGCGAAAGUUUGUGAGCAUGAAUGGAUGUGUGCUGCGAAUGGAAAUGUAUCGCAUAUAUCAUCUCCACAGAAGCCGUUGAGAGAAGUUAAUUUCAAGUUGUGUAUAACACUAAGUAGUAUGAAUACAUUUUAAGGGAAUAAAACCAAUAAU